UUGAGAUUUUUUUCUCUUUUAUCUUUCCGAAUUUGUUCCCGUCUAUUCUCUCUCCUUCAGGUGCGUAUUUUACGCUAUCGCCGCCAUGUCGACAGCGUCGCUGCCAGACAGCCCCACCAGAUCUGUAACUACCACAACACGGUGAUGCCUCCGCUGUAACCACAACAAUCCACUACCGGAAUCAGAAAAAGAUCAUCAGAAACGGAAACAACCGCUGGCCUUCAAUUCCCCGUUGCAAUUUAAAGAAAUAGGAAAUACUCGUGGUUUGGGGACAGACACUCGCAUGUACCUCACCGCCUAGAGGAAACACCAACUCAUGGAAGGUUCUGUCAACGAACGUCUUGAUUUUGGGAAGAUGAAAUACGGGUGCAAGCAUUACAGGAGAAGAUGCAGGAUACGUGCCCCCUGCUGCAACGAGAUCCAUUCAUGCCGUCACUGUCACAACGAGGAAGCGAGUUUGUCGAAGAAUUCAUUUGAUCGCCACGAACUCGUUCGCCAAGAUGUUAAACAAGUUGUUUGUUCAGUUUGUGACACUGAGCAAUCUGUCGCUCAAGUUUGCACUAACUGUGGCGUCAAAAUGGGAGAAUAUUUCUGCAACAUAUGUAAAUUCUUCGAUGAUGAUACAGAGAAACAGCAGUUUCAUUGUGAUGAUUGCGGGAUCUGCAGGGUUGGUGGUCGGGAAAAUUUUUUCCACUGCAAGAAGUGUGGGUCUUGUUAUUCAAUUGGUCUGCGUGAUAAUCAUUUAUGUGUGGAGAACUCAAUGAGGCAUCACUGCCCCAUUUGUUAUGAGUAUCUAUUUGAUUCAUUGAAAGACACGGUUGUUAUGAAAUGUGGUCAUACAAUGCACCAAGAAUGUUACCACGAGAUGGUAAAUCGUGAUAGGUAUUGCUGUCCCAUAUGCUCCAAGUCGGUGGUGGACAUGUCCAGGACGUGGAAGAGAAUUGAUGAAGAGAUUGAAGCAUCUAUCAUGCCUGAAGAUUAUCGAUACAGGAAGGUCUGGAUACUAUGUAACGACUGCAAUGACACAACAGAAGUUAACUUCCAUAUUCUUGGCCAUAAAUGCGGUCAUUGCAAUUCAUAUAAUACUCGCUCAAUUGCGCCUCCAGUUCUUCCUCAAUGAUUGGAUUCUUGUGAUUCAACUUGAACAGUACGAGGGGAAAAAAAAUCAAAGUUAGCACAUUGGUUUAUUUCAGAGGAUUAUUGGAUUAAAUUCAGCAUCAACAAUAAUUAUUAUGUUGUGUCCUAGAUAGUUUCUUCAGGUUAUUUUUCGACCACCAACAUGUGGAGUGGUAUUGGUUGUCUCUUGGUUUUUGGACAGACAUAAAUAUCUUCAUGCUAUACUGUAAUAGGGGGGGAACUUUUUUCUCCCUCUAAAUUGCAGGUAAUAGUAGUGAUGAUGUAUUGAUACUUGAUGAUUGAUUGCAUUGUCUGCCGCAGUGCUUUUUUUU